UAAUUCAUAAGAACUUGAUCGUAUAGUUGUUGAACCAUUAUAAUGCUUUAUAAACUUGUUCAGAAAUGAUAAACACUUUAACAGACCAAUCCCUGUCUCAUGAGCCUUGAAUUUCUAAUAGUUAAUUGAAUAUCUUGCUUGUCUGCUUUUCUUUUAUAUCUAAACACGUUCUCCCCGUUUUUAUUAAACAUGUCAAUUGAAUUGACUAAAUCUCCCAGGUAUUAAAAAGAUUGGCUAUAUGAAUUAUUAACACCAUGGAAUUGCAAAACUGCGUAAUGCUCCGGAUGUACAUUUAUAAACAAAAUUCAUUCUGGAAGUUUUCUCCAUUUCAGAACUGUCGCAUCAUCUUUUAAACAUAUCUAUUGAAAACGUGCAAGGAACUAAUAUUCCGUCACAGAUAAACAGCGAACGUAUUGAAUUAAAAUGUAACAUGUUUAACAAAUCUGAACAGAAACAAAACAUUGAUUGCAAGGAAACAGUGCGAUUGCAUACAGUAAAAUGGCAAGAUACAGAUAAUAAAAGUAAAACGGAACUGUCCGACACAGAAUCAACAUCAGUCAGUAAAUUUUCUCGUGUUAAUCGCAAAAACUUGUCACAUUCGGGCGAUUUACGGACUAUCAGGAGUGUUUUGAAAACUGCGCAUUAUAGUGAAAAUAAAUAUAAUUAUAGGCCGGUGACUGUUGGGUCCACUAGAGACAAGGAUAUUUUCAUUGCACCUAGAUGGGAGUCUAUUGAAAAUCAGAAGUGUAAUCUAAAACUGUAUAGAUCAGAUAGUAAGAACACGACACAAUCAAGCUAUAAGGAUUAUGAUGAUAGCCUCAGAGGAAGAUGCCCGACAUUGGAAGACAAAAGUGAAGGAACACAGUUACCAACAGUAAAAUUUAAUGUGGGCGAUAAUCGUGUAGGUUUUAAGAGCCGCUGGACUGGUAUCAAAACUGUUUUAAAGGAAAAGGUUCAACAGACAGGUGACGUAUAUAAUUACUUUAGUGCAUUAAACAUGAAAAAGAGAAUGAAGUCUGAAUCAUCGAGCUCUGUUGAAAAUGGACUUAGCGCAAUCAUUACAUCACCAGUAAGGUCCGAUGUAUCACGGGGAAACGAUGAGGUUAAUACUGAGUCAUGUGAGGAAUCACAGGAAGUUAAACAUCUCUCCAUAUCUGACAGUGAUGAAUACGAUACUGACCUGGAAAUAGAUCAAGAUUUCGGUAAAAAAGAUAUGACACCUUUGUCUGAUAUCAAUAUUGGUAGAAAUAAGUAUAUCCUCGAGUGCGACAGAUGGAAGACAUCUUUGCAACAACAAGUGUUUAAUAGUUUACCCGAGCGAUCUAUGACACUUAAAAAUAGGUCACUUGGAUAUAAAGCUGUGCCACCCAUAUGUGCUGCACUAAGGGAUAAUUUAAGAGUUGAAAGGUUAAACCUGGAUGGCGUAGACAUAACAGACGAUGCCAUACAAUAUGUUGCAGAAAUGCUUCUAGAUAACAUUACAAUUACACACCUGAACGUAGCAAACAAUACACUGGGGGUGAGAGGUGCGCAGGUUCUUGGUCACGUUCUAGUUGUAACAGGAAACAUUACCCAUCUUAAUAUAUCCGGUAAUAAGUUAGAUGACAACGCCUCAUGGUAUAUAACUUCCAGCAUCGGGAGCAACGAAAGUAUGACGCAUUUGGACAUAAGUUAUAACGAAUUAGGAGAGCAAGCGGGGGUACUGAUGGGUUCGGCAUUAGCUCGAAACACAAAACUGGGUUACCUAAACAUGAGUUGGAACAAAGUGUGUGGCAAAGGUGGAGUAGCAAUAUUUAGAGCACUAAUGCUGAAUACUACUCUGGAAGUGUUGAACAUUUCUUGGAAUGGUCUUGGUUAUGACGGUGCAGUGGCACUCAGUAAGUGCCUUAAGAGAAAUGUUGGACUAACUGACCUCGAUGUGUCUAAUAACAGACUCAAUUGGAGAUGCGCUUUCCUAAUGGCUGAAGGUCUAAGAAGUAAUGCUACCCUUGUAAAAUUGAAGAUUGGACACAAUCCUCUUACAACAACUGGCGGGAUGGAUAUAUUAGAAGCCGUUUCAAUAGAAGAAAGCGCCAUAUGUCUUCUAGACUUUACAGAAAUACCAGUUUUAGGAGCGGCUGAUCUACUUGCGGCGACCAUUAGCAGGCGGAGAACAUUCAAAUUCAUACACGGGGGAAUCGUUCCUACGCAUGACAAAUUAGGACAGCGUCUUGGCAGGGAAUUAAAUCCCAUGUUACGAAUUAUAGAGUAUCUCCGCUUGUUGGGUCUACGACCAUUAGAACUUAUGAAGUCAUUUGACAAAACAUCUUCGUUUGAAUUACCAAGACAGGAUUUUAUCGAUCAAAUCAAGAAGAUUGGCGUGAAAUUACAUCCUUAUGAAAUAGACGCACUAGCAAAUUCAAUAUCCGGGAAAGGAUACAAUAAAAAUGUUAUUAACUACAGGAAACUUUCUGUGGCAGUACGGGAUGUAGUAAAGGACGAACGAGAUCGUAAGCUACGAGAGCGGGAGGAAUGGCUGCAGAUUAAAACAUAUCACGAAAGUAUUUUAAAGAAAGGAACUUUGGAUGAAUACAUGAGUCAUUCCGGAAGUACACGAUUGAUAGAACCAGUGGACUCGUUAAAAAUGAAAAGUUUCCAAACUAUCGGUCCUAGUUUGGCAUCAUACAACAGUAGCCGAUCCAAACCAGGGUCAGUGAGUUCCAGUAAAUUACAGCUGUCGUUAUGUUCACAACUGGUUAUGUCAAAAGGAGCACUUGGAACCGGCAAACAGAUGCAGCAGAAGAAAAAAUUAAAGAAAAUGAUAUCAAACGUUUGA